CGGUGAAUCUUGCCAUCCCUAUUGCAGGGAGGCUACGCGGAGGGGAAACCCCACCCACCGCAUCAUCACUUCCAUAGAAGUUCUAUGGAAGCGUGACGGUGAAUUUAUAUCUUAACUUUGCCAGAUCAGUUUGAUUUAACACCAGCUUGUAGCAACAGGCAACAAUGGCUCACUCCAGCAAGUGCAAGUUUAACUUGACAACGCGCUGGGAUUCUUACAGGAAUGCAUGCGUUUCUUGCCUAGAAAGAUAUCCCAUAAAGCCGGGUAAAGAGUUUUCAGCAAAUUGUGGGUUCAGCGAUGAUGGAGGACGGCAUGAGUGGGAGUAUAAGUAUUGCAGUAGCGGAACUUACAACAAUGGCAGCUUCCUGAGAUGUAAAUACUGUACGUCAUGCUCCCCGGUCUCCGCUAACUGCACUCCUACAGCAGACACUCAAUGCUGUUUAAAUGUGGAGCAUACCACUGGAAUGUGCAAGGAUGGAGUCACGGUAGUGCUGACAACAGCUGGUCAAACUACUUUUGGUCAAACUACUUUUGGACGGAACCCGAUUAAUCAUCAUGAAAGUGUGUUAUGGAUCAUCCCCGUAAUUCUGGUCUCUGCCAUUCUGUUUUACAUCCUGAGGCGGCGGAACAUCAGGUUCUGGUGUACCAAAGAAACAGGGAUGGAAAACCACAGAAAGUCCCCGUGUAGCUCCAAAACAGGAACAGAAACUCAACACGACACCCUGGUACCAUGUGUGACAACAAGUUUUGAUGACAUCAUUGCACCUGGACUGCAAGCGGCACCAUUACAACUUCUGCUGAACAACUUGGAUGUGCUGGAGGAGCUGCUGAUCUUGCUGGACCCAGAUGUCAAGGGAUUGAGGAGCACUCGUCACCUGGCUGCCCGCUGCGAUUUCUCAUCCACCUGGAUUAACUAUGCUUACUUCAGGAGAGACAGCAAGAGCCCCCUAGUGGCCAUGUUGGAGGCAGUUGCUACCCGAUCUCCGGAGUGGACGGUGGGCCAACUGGCCUGGCUUCUUCACGAUAUUGACCGGCAUGAUGCUGUCAAUGUCCUCACGAAACUCCAUCAACCCCAGGAACAAGUUUAAAUACUUAAAUACAAGAAUGCUUUUCGAAUGAAUUUGACUAUCUGGCCCUUAGGGCCAUGUUAUUUUCCUAAUGUUAACUAAUCGUCCUUUAGAGCUUACUGUAUAGCUGUGGGAAGUGUCAGUUUAAUUUUUCUAAAACUAGAUUACACAUUUGGGACUGGAUCAAAGCAUCAGGGGAGGCAGUAGUUUGAUUUCCAAUGGCAGCUCUACGAAUGUAAGGUAUGUAAGGUAAGCAAGUAUACCAAUUCACCAAACCACCAGUAUUUACAGUAGCCAAAGCAGCAGAUUGCUUUAGCUUUGACCGCAGCUAUUAUACAAGCACUAAACCGUACUACCUACAAUAAACACCACUGCAAGUGCAUUGGACAAAACCAGAGAUUUAUUUUACAAUCAUAAAGAUAUGUUAUCAUGA